ACCGAUCACCAAACUCAUGUCAAUCCUCCCUGAUGAUAGAAUUUUGUAGAAUCGUUUUCGCCAACCCGGUGUGAUUGACGUGGCAGCCAACUUACGAAGGAGUUAAAUUUGUAUAUUGUGCUGAAACCAUCUCUUUGUACUAGUUAUUUUAGUAUUAUAUAUCAUCAUCCUUUAUUAAAAUAAUCAAAAGCAACAUGGGAUUGACAGUUUCAAGUAUAUUCAAUAGGCUUUUUGGCAAAAAACAAAUGAGGAUCUUGAUGGUUGGGCUUGAUGCAGCUGGUAAAACAACCAUUCUGUACAAAUUGAAACUUGGGGAAAUUGUCACCACUAUUCCAACAAUUGGAUUUAAUGUUGAAACUGUAGAAUAUAAGAACAUUAGCUUCACAGUAUGGGAUGUUGGCGGUCAGGACAAAAUUCGACCACUCUGGAGGCAUUAUUUCCAAAACACUCAAGGUUUAAUUUUUGUAGUCGAUAGCAACGAUAGAGAAAGAAUCAGUGAAGCAGAGGAUGAAUUAUCAAGGAUGCUGGGUGAGGAUGAUUUGAAAGAAGCCAUCGUUCUAGUAUUUGCUAACAAACAAGAUCUUCCCCAAGCCCUGUCAUUAUCAGAAAUUACAGAGAAACUUGGACUUAACAAAAUAAAGGGCAGAGAAUGGCACGUACAGCGUGCAUGUGCAACACAAGGAGAAGGAUUAUAUGAAGGUCUUGAUUGGUUGUCAAACAAAAUGGCACAGUAAUUAAAUGCAACAAAUUUGCUACCCAAUUGUUGGUUUACAGCAAUAGUGAAUGCAUUUAAAUGAACUAGGACAUGAAAUAUAGACUUCCAAUUGUCAUCAGAAGUAAGAUUGAGAAGAAAAAUGGAACUGGAUCACUGAGACAAUAUUAUUACUCAAAACUCUACAAGUUAAUGUCUACAAGUCUGGAACUAUGUCUUUUUAUUCAACAUUUUUUAUGCAUCAUUAAUUUUUAAAAUUGUUUAUUUUGGGUUGGGCUAUUUUUGUUAUUUUGUAUACAGCUUUUUAUUGUGAGGAAUUAAUUACAUAAUGGUUAGUGCUAAUGCACAAAUUAGAGAUAAAAUUGUGCUGGUAUAGCACAUCAUAUUCCAAUUUCUUUAAAAUACAUUUAUUUUUUUUUGAGUCAUUUUAUGUUUUUAUUUUCUGAUUUUAUUGUUUGUAAAAAAACCAAAUUGGCUAUUUGAAUGCAAGUGUAUCUGGUGAUUUGCAGAGUGUUGCUUACAUGCGUCGCAGUGCAAUGAGAAAUUUGCAUUCAGAUGCAUGCACAAAGUUGUUACAGGUAGGCCUGCUAUCAAAAUUUCUAGUGCAUCAAUGUUGUGCACUAAUGAUGAGUUGUUAGCUAAAAUGUGUACAUUGUUACUACAGUAGAACCCCUAUUAAC